AUGGACUUCGAUCUGAUUGUUAAGAAUGGCACAAUCGUCACAGCCUCAGAAGUUCUCCCACCCAACCUCGAAAUCGGAAUCAAAGCCGGCAAAAUCUCAUGCAUAGGCACAGCCCUCCCAGCAUCAUCCCAGACCAAGAUCAUCGACGCAGAAGGAGCCUACAUAACCCCCGGAGGCGUCGACUCACACGUUCACCUCGCACAAAAGAAUUCCCCAACAGGAGACACAUGGGAAACGGGAUCCCGCUCCGCAAUCGCAGGAGGAACAACGACCAUCCUCGCCUUCGCCUCCCAACCCCGAUCCGAAACCUCCUUACUCCCAACCCUCGAAGACUACCACAAGAAAUCCUUGAACCAAAGUUACUGCGACUACGGCUUCCACUUCAUCCUCACGAACCCGACUCCAGAAAUCCUCGAGAAAGAAUUACCCCUGCUGGCCGCGCGCGAAGGCAUCACGUCUGUGAAGUUGUACAUGACCUACGAAGCCAUGAAACUCGACGACGGCGAGAUUUUACGGAUACUAUUCGCGUGCAAAGAGUUAGGCAUGACGACUAUGAUCCACGCCGAAUCCCACGAUAUGAUUUCGCUCAUAAUCCAAGGUUUGGAGAAGAAGCGGAAUACCGCGCCUUUCUUCCACAGUCUAGCACGGCCCCGGAUCGCGGAAGACGAGGCUUCGUAUCGCGCCAUUUCUUUGGCCGAGUUGGCGGAUGCUCCCAUGUUGAUUGUACAUAUGAGUUCUGAGGUGGCGAUUCGUCAUGUUCGGGAUGCUCAGACGAGGUUAUUACCCAUACACGCCGAGACGUGUCCGCAUUAUUUAUUCUUACUUUCGGAGAAGAUCAAAGGAGAGGCUCACGAUCAUUUUUCGGGAGCGAAGCAUGUCUGUUCGCCGCCUUUGAGGCACGAAGUCAAAGAUUUGGAUGCUUUGUGGCAGAGUAUUGCGAAUGGGACGUUUACGACGUUUUCUUCCGACCAUGCGCCGGCGAAAUAUGAUCAUCCUGGUGGAAAGUUAUUGGGGUUGAUCGAUGGGAUUCCGAAGUUUUCGAAGAUUCCGAAUGGUUUGCCUGGGGUUGAGACGAGGGUGGCGUUGUUGUUUGGGCAGACGGAAGCGUGUAAGGAGCCUGAGGAGGCGAGGUUGAGUUUGCCGAGGUUUGUGCAAUUGACUGCGACGAAUGCUGCCAAGUUGUACGGGCUGGAUGGAAAGAAGGGCAGUAUCGCGCCUGGGUAUGAUGCGGAUCUGGUCAUUUGGCAUCCUGGCAAGACUGGCGCUUGCACAAUCACGCAACCGAUGCUUCAUCAUGAUAUUGAUUACACGCCUUUUGAAGGUGUCGAUGUCGGCAAUUGGCCCAGAUACACUAUCUUGCGAGGUGAGGUGAUCUACGACAAAGCGGAAGGUAUCGUUGGUAAGAUCGAUUAUGGCCAGUAUUUGAAGCGUGGAAAGGGCCAGGUAUUGGUUGGGAAGACUGGCAAUAUUCCUCGAGGUAUGACUGAGGAUGAGCGGAAAUACUGGCGAUGA